GUGUGCAAGUGUGGUUGUCUCCUAAACGGGGUGCCUCUCUUCCAGUCUUCCUCAAGUUAUCCACUUCUCUCUCGAUCGAAGUCGAAGCACAAACCCUACUGCCCGCCCACCUCCCACGUAGUGUGUGUGCUACUCGAUCUUGUGUCCACUCUCGCCCACACACAAACUUCCACACGAACCAAAGAUUCCAAUCUGAACCAACGUUAUUCUGUCGUUCUCCGCCUAACCAGCAAGCAGUCGAUCGAUCGAUGGAGGGAAGCAGAAACAGCCCGGACAGGCAGUCGUCGGGCGGCAGCCCUGAGGAGCGCGGAAGCGGCGGUAGCGGAGGCCGUGGCGCCGGGGAGCCGGUGCGGUCGCGGUGGACGCCGAAGCCGGAGCAGAUACUGAUCCUCGAGUCCAUCUUCAACAGCGGCAUGGUCAACCCGCCCAAGGAUGAAACCGUCCGCAUCCGCAAGCUGCUCGAGCGCUUCGGCGCCGUCGGUGACGCCAACGUCUUCUACUGGUUCCAGAACCGCCGCUCCCGCUCGCGCCGCCGCCAGCGCCAGAUGCAGGCCGCCGCGGCGGCGGCGGCAACAGCGGCGGCGGCCUCCUCUGCGGCCAACAGCUCUCCCGGAGCUAGCGCAACCGUCGGCCUUCCUUCUGGUGCUCUACAAUAUCCCUUGGUCAUGAGCGGGAGCGGGACCGCCUGCCAGUAUGAGCAGCAGGCGAGCUCCUCGUCGUCGUCGGGAAGCACUGGGGGCUCGUCUCUUGGGCUGUUCGCGCUCGGAGCCGGGGUGCCCAGCACCGGCGGUGGGUUCUUCCAGGAGUCGUGUGGCGCUUCGUCGCCACUGGCGACAGGGCUGAUGAUGGGGGACGUGGACCGCAGUGGCGGCAGCGACGAUCUCUUCGCCAUCUCCCGGCAGAUGGGGUUCGCGGCGGCGAGCCCAGUCGCCUCGGCUUCGGUGGCGCCUCCGAGCACAACGGCACACCACCAGCAGUAUUACUCAUGUCAAUCACCUACAGGGACGAUCACGGUGUUCAUCAAUGGAGUUCCAAUGGAGGUUCCCAGUGGUCCAAUAGACAUGCGAGCCAUUUUCGGCCAGGACGUGCUGCUCGUCCAUUCCACCGGGGCCCUCCUCCCAGUCGACGACUAUGGAAUUCUAACGCAGAGCUUGCAGACGGGCGAAAGCUAUUUCUUGGUAAUCUCACAUAUCGACUCUCUCAUGUACUCCCUCCAUUCUAAAUUGUCAUGGUCAUACUAUGCAUCUAGAUACUAAAAGCUAAAUAUCUAAAAACCCAAAAUAACUUACAAUUCAGAACCAAGGGAAUAUAUAUUUCAUCCGAUCACUGGUAUUUAAUCCUCUCAAAUAAACACUAAUUAUAUGCACAUCGGCGUACAUUACGUUGUAUAUAUAGGCAUACAACAAGCAUGCAUGUAUAUAAGUAUAUGCAUCUAUAUAUGAGAUCAUUUGAAAUAGUGCAUUUAUCAUUAUUGGUAAGUAUUGUUUAUUUUUCCUUUUCUUUGCAUGUAUAUACUUGCUCCGUUCUAAUUAUAAAUCAUUCUGCCUUUUUAGUUUUGCUAUGUAUCUCUUCUAUUCUAAAUUUUAUGAUAUUUUAGCUUUUAUAUAUAUAUAUAUAUAAUUUUUACUAUAUAUACACUCACUAUAUAUAGAUCUAUGAUAUAUCUAAAAGAGUAAAAACAAAUUAUAAGUUGAAACACAAAGAAUAUAUAGACAUACUGAAUAUCUAUGUACAUAACAAAUAAAAGGUAUGUAUUUAAGAAGUCAUAAGAAAUUAUCAAUUAAAAUAAAGAAAGUGUUUCAUUGCUCAUCAUGUACGUGUAUGUAUAUAUACGCAAACCCCUUACAUAAGCUACAACAAUUGUUUUGCUGUUAUUUAUCCACACAGGUAGCAAGGCCAACUUAAAACUGCCCGCACCUAGUUAGAUUGUAGCGCAGUCUCUCUGCCGGCCGGUCUCUACUGGAUAUUCAGAUGGGACGCAGUUCAUGAUCAAUCAAGGUGGGUCCUUUUGCACGCAAAUGAUAUUGUCCAUCAUUCAUAUACAGUCCUUCGAGAAGAAAAGUUAGCUACCAAGAACAAUAUAUGUAUAUUGCACCUCAAGCAAGUACGUACACAUAUGUCCUUGCAACAUAAGAGAGCGUACAGUACAUGGGCGGUUCAGAUUGGAUUAUGAGAAUUACAGUGUAUGCAUGGGUGUUUUCUCUCACGCAUCAUUUUCUUUACAAGGAUAUGUGCAUGUGAAUGCUGAAUACAUGCAUGGAAUCUCCUUGACAGUCGAGCUACAUAUUUAUUUUAGCUAGACAGUUGCACCUUUGAAACGAUUUGAUUUAUAAGUAUGUAAUGUUGUACGUCUAUAUAUGUCGACUGGACCGUGUUUGGAAUGUCUGUCCACCAAUUUAGAAGAGAGAGUACUCCUUUUGGAUGUUUAUAUAUAUGUCGACCGUGUUAGACUUCAUAUUUUGUAUACUUUGUAUUUCAAGAAGAGAGAGUACUCCUUUUGGAUGUUUAUUAAUUAAAUGACGACAUUACUAA